AUGGCUGCCUCGCAACCAUCACAACAACAGUGUGCCGUCAUUGGCUGUGGGGUUCUUGGAACCAGUCUCUGUAAACAGUUGUUGGCAUCACCGGAUUUUGAAGGUUGGACGGUCACUGGAAUCACCAAGACCACCAACAACCAUGCAUCCAUUCUAGAGGCCGUGGGAGAAGAAGACACACGGUUUCAGGUCACUACCAUGGAGGAAAGUCAAGGGAAAACGUUUGAUAAUGUCGUAUUUUGUGCUCCACCUUCGGGCUUUGACGAUUAUGGAGCGGCUGUGGAACACGCCGUCACCAACGUGUGGUCGGGUCUCGAUCACGGAGGGACAUUUGUCUUUACAUCCAGUGGUGGAAUCCACGGUCCAGGAACCACCACUGAACCGGAAACCAUCACGGAAGAAACUCCCACUGCCGACCCUGAAAGCAGUCCUCGGACAGCCCGCCUCAUCAAAGCCGAAGAAGCUUGUCGGGCCCACGGUGGUUGCUGUGUCCGACUGGCAGGUUUGUAUACCUUGGAACGAGGCGCCCAUAGUUUUUGGCUCAAUAGUGGCAAGGAUGUAUCAGGCAGAGCCGAUGGAAUCAUCAAUCUACUCCAUUACGACGAUGCCGCGUCGGCGGCAUUGGCUGCCCUAACAGUAGGUUCCAACGUGGUGAAAGGACGCAACUUUCUCGUCAGCGAUAGUCAUCCCUUGACACGACAACAAAUAUGCUCAAGUGCCAUGAAAGCGGACCUUUUCAAAGACAAGAAAAUGCCUGCCUUUCUGGGAAAAGAUACCGAACCAAUUGGGAAACUAUACGAUGGGACGGUCAGCGAACGAGACUUGCAGUGGAAACCCAAAUACGAAUCCUUUGAUGCCUUCAUGUCCAUGCAUGCCGCAGCGACCUCAAAAUAA